UUUUUUUCAAUUUAUAUUGUGAAAUAAUCUUUUAACAUGCAGCUUUCACUGUCUAGCACAAUCAUGGUAAUUAAUAUCAAUAUAUCUCAGCUGGUCCGGUGCUAUACAUGCAAAACUACAAUGCAUCUCUACAGAUACAUGUACGAGUAGAUUCAGGGUUUAUAGAAUUCCAAUUUGAUUGUACAAUCAAACAUCCAAUUCCAAACCCGUAACCGAUUUUGUUGUUAUCAAACACGGACACGAUCUGAAAUAUUUCGAAAUCGCUAUAACGUGGAGUUAUCCCGCUUUGAAUAGACAGACCUCUGUUACCACAGUACUUGGUUUUUCCAAUUUCUGAUGAUUUUGUCAUAAUUUCCUUCAAUUCCUGUCAUAUUCAUGAGUUUGUUCUUUUGUCCAUAAAAUUACACACUAACACCUGCACCUGUAACUGAGGAGACGUGUUUCAUCAUUUACCGGAAGGCCACGUACACGUGUUAAUUUAUAAAUAAACAAAUUCGACCUAGUUUGUGUAGAAGAAUCAAACGAUUUUGAAAGCACAGGAGUGUGGUAAAAUAAAAGUCUGAAUUGCACCCAUCAUGUGGAGAUUAUCAGCGUUUUGCAACGAUAAGAAGAACAAAUAUAUGGCUGACGGUAAGAAAAAUACUUGUGGUCUGUUCUUUACCGACGAAUGGGACAAGAUGAUCGAGAAAGAUGUGUCCCCGAAGGAAAUCUGGGAGACUCGUUAUGAUGAAGUGAACAAAAUAAACUCCGACUUUUCCCGGAAGUUUGAGUGGAAGUCCGAGAGCGGACCAAAAGAUUCAAUGACGCCCAGUUUAUCGGCAGCCAUUGAGCAGGUGCUUCUAGUUUUCGGGAAAAGUUACGUGCAGGACAUGCAAAGCAGAUGGGAGAAGUCCCAGGACUUUGGAGGGAACCCUGCGGAAUUUUGGCGUGAGGAAAGGUCUAAGUUCGAGAAGAAGCACUGGUGGUGGCGGUGGGGGAAGAAAUCGUCGAAGAACAGCGGACGUCGUAAGGAAAACGAUGAAUCGGCCAUGUUCAGUGAGUUUGAUGAAGAAAUUCUUAAAGAUUAAGUGUACAGAGUGAAAACGUGCACAUUAAUGUCAUUCCUUAACGAAGGAAUUUCUACAAGGAAAACAUGCAUGCAAAUAAUACAUUGUUAAAUAUGAACUGUACCAGGUAUAUAUAUAUAUAGAGAGAGAGAGAGAGAGAGCAUUGAAUUGUUCAGAGCAUAUCGUGUAUAGUACAGAGGAUUUUCAAUAAAUGUGUAUUACUCUACAUACGUAUAUCACAAUAAUCCCGAUCAUUAUAUAGACACAGAAAUACAAUGUUAUCGAGAUCCUCUAAUGAGCAAUGUAUUUACAGUAAUGUUUCCAAAACUGCCAAAACAGCGAAAGUUUCAUUUGUAAGGACCCCCUCCCCCCUUUACAUUCAAAUUUCAAAAAUUGUAGCAUAUUGAAGAGAUUUAAUGAAACCAGUUCUCGUACAGUGUAUUAUUAAUUCUGAGGGCAUUCAGUGAAUGAAUUUUGAAACUGAGAGCAUUUAUUCUCUUUGAUGUAACGGAGCUUGUGAAUUCUUUAACAGAUUGUAAAUAGCUUUCGAAUUAAAUUGUAUGUUUUAGAGAAAACUGUAUGCAUUUGUAGUGAACAUAUAGUAGGUAUCUUUCACAAGAAAUCUUGUUAUAUAUCAUGGGAUUCAUUUAUACGUCAUAGUGUAAAAUGUACAUUGAAAUUUACCUCGCAAAAUUUCAAGCCUGAGACAUGACACCCCCCCCCCCCCCCCCCUCUUGAUUUCACUGAAUAACCUUACACCUCAUGACAAUUUUUCAUCGAUCUAAUAAUUAUUUUUAUUUCAUUUUUACCAUCUCACUGAUGUUUACAUUUAUCUAUGCAAAUCUAUAUGUAUAUUCAAUGUCCACACAAAAUCCAUGUGCAGUGAUGGUAAUGUACUAUGCUUCUAUAACUAGACAUUUCCUGGUAUGUUAACAUACAGUGUAGAACAGCAUAAAUCCCUCUGACCGCUGGUCGACUGUCUCAGAAAGCACCAAACACCAGAACAGCAUAACGCCGGCUAUUCAUGAACACAACAUAACACUGGCUAUUUAUGAACACAGCAUAACACCGGCUAUUUAUGAACACACCAUAACGCUGGCUAUUUAUGAACACAGCAUAACACCGGCUAUUUAUGAACACACCAUAACGCCGGCUAUUUAUGAACACAGCAUAACACCGGCUAUUUAUGAACACACCAUAACGCCGGCUAUUUAUGAACACACCAUAACAGCAUUAUAGCUUGGUAUUUAUUUUUAUGAUACACACAGUAACGGCACGGUUCGGAGUAUUUAUGAUUGUAGAUGUAGGUAUUUUAUAAUAUUGGGUAUAUCUGUAUGAUCAUUUGUAUAUUUUUAAUGUUUGGUAUUUAUAAGUGUAGAUUUUUAUUCGAUUAUUUACGUAUUUUAUAUUGCUGGGUAUUUCUGUAUCAUCAUUUGUAUAUUUUCAAUGUUUAGUAUUUUAUCAAUGUCGAUUUCUAUGCGGCCAUUUGUAAUUUGCAUUUACAUUUGGGUAUUUUUCAAUGUAGAUGUCUCUGCGAUUUUCUACGUAUAAUGCUGAGGAUUAAUAAAUGUUGAUUUCUGUACGGUCAUUUGUGUGUUUUAUACAGUGAAUAAGACAUCCAUAUCGUUCCAAUUAAAAAUAUUGAACAAAAAUAGUUACAAACAUAUACAUGUGUUUCAUACAAAAAUAUUUUUGUUGCAUGAAUUUGUAUCAAAUUUGUAAUUUUAAAUGCAGAUAUCGCAUAGUUUAUAUAUUCCGUACAUUAUUUUAAAUUCAAUAACCAUUUUUAUGAUUAAAAAUAUGAUAAUCAGUCACUGUUAUGAACUUAUAAUUAAAAAUCAUAAGUAUUCUAGAAUAAAAUACGUAAUAAGUGUUUCUGGUUUUCUUCAUUGUAUUAGAUGAGUAUAUAUUUUACAUUAUAUAUACAUGUAUUAUCUUGAUUUUAUUUAUGUUAUUAAUGAUAUAUAUUAUUUUGAUUUUGAUUUUUAAAAAUUACUCAGGGGUAUUUUUCUAUAUUUUUAUGUAAUGAAUACUGUCUUGUUUUUCAUUUUGUAUAUCAAUAUUGCUUUGUAGAAUGUAUGUAUUUGUGGGCGUUUUCCGUCAUUUUCUUUGGUAUCUUUGAUGUUGAAUGCAUUGUGGGAGUUUUACGUUCACUCUCGUUUUCACUGUAACUGCCUCUACAGUAUGACGUUAAGAAUCAGGCGGUGUUUAAUGCUGUGAUAUAUGUUUGACAUGAAAUUAAUAAUGAUUGAUAUUGAUUCCAAUCACAUUUCGCUCUUCCUGUUCACAACUUUUGAUACUUAGAUUAUUAUGAUUUUCCAUGGCAUUGUAAUAUGUAUGAAAUAAAUGUAUGUAUAAAAAGAA